AUGGACGCGGUUCGCGAAGUAACCUCAAUCCAGCUAGCCCAGCCGCUCGAUCUCUCGGCCCCCGAGAUCGCGAUACCGUAUAAAGCCAGCAUCCAAGCCCUAACCCGCCAACCCGGGUUCCGGAUGUUGUACACCGCUGUCGCAGCGCAGGACCCCAAGUUUCUUGUUUGGAUUAUAGACUGGACCUCAUUGCAGCACCACGAAGCAUUCAUGGCCAAGAAAGACCAGUAUGCGCAGAUGGCGGACCCACUGUUCUCCCUCUGCGACACCAAGCAAGAAGGAUUCAUCCAUGUUCGCCACCUCCCACUCUCUUCCUCCUCCUCCCCCUCGUCCGCCAGCGGUCUCUCCCUCGAAGGCUGCAGCUUCCAGUCCGCGUGCGAGAUUCUGUGGCUCCGCCUAAAUGCCGACUCUGCUGCUGCGGUCGGGCGGGGUGGGCUCCGCGCCCUCACGCAGCAGCACUUCGGGGAAGUCGCGGGAGGAUCUGGACGAGGACAUUCGGUCUACGGCGGCGAGACGGUCGAAGAUGCAUCAGGCCGGGAAGUGAUACUCUUUUUCCUGGCAGCCGGGAGUGGGGGGCUGGACGGCUCGGACGGCUCGGACGUUUUUGCGCGAGGCAGUCGGGUUGGGAAGGUCUUGACGCAUGGGCGAUUUGUGCAAUUUACGCGAUAUCCGAGUUCCUUGGAAAUGGGGGACCAAAUUUGAAAGGG